UCUCGCGGUGGUGGGCGCGACCUGACGUCCGCACGCGCGCUCCGCCCACCAGCGGGCGUGGCCUCGAUGGUGCGCGCGCAGCCGCCUCCAGUCCGCAGUGCGCGUUCGCGGACGCCGCUGAGCUGACCCUGCCGUGACCCCGCCAUGGCGGCGCUGCUGCUGCUGAGGCAAGGACGGGCCGCGGCGCUGCAGACUCUUCUCCGAGAAGCCCCCGGGAUCCGGGGCCUUGGGUCCACAGUCCCCCUCUCUGCAGAGUCCGGGAAGGCUGACAAGGGGCAGGCGCCCGGCCCCAAGAAGCAGAGUCCACCCAAAAAUGUAGUGGAGUCAGAGGAUCGGGCCCCGUCCCCGGCCGGCCUGGCCGCCGCCAAGCUGGCUAAGAGCCCGUCGCUGCAGCCUGUAGGCAGGGUGGUCGGGCCGAAGGCGGCGGCAGCCAAGACCACCGUAGCGUUUCCUCAGAGAGACCCACCCCCACGGCACCCCAGCUCUGGAGCCCCCCUCGGGCACAGGAGGGACGCCUCCUCCUCCUCCUCAUCUUCCAGUUCUUCCGAUUCAGAGUCGGACGAAGAGGGUGACUUCAAAGACAGAGGCAGGGCCCCCAAGCCAGCGGCCCCGCGUCCCUAUGAAAAGGGGGCGCCCCGAGAUGGGGUCUCGACAGCAGACACGUGCCCACCACUCGUCAGCGCUCCAGAGAAGCCCCCGCAGGCCACGAAGAAGGGCAGCCGGGAUGCCAGGGCCGAGGCCGCCACAGCCCCGCCACGCCUGGGCCAGGAGCCGGUGAAGCCUGGCAGGGGCACCCGGACCCCGGGCCCAGGGCUCGGGGGGCCGCAUGCAGCAAGCCCGGCCACCCCGCAGCCACAGGGCCACGUUGGCCCCAGGCCGCCUCCAGGGCCAGCCAGGCAGGUGGCGGGAGGGACGGAGGCGGCCAGAGAGGUUCGGGAGAGUUCUGCACCAAGACCAGGUGUGUGGCCGCUGCCCGGCGCCCACGAAGGCCUUUCCGCAGACACGGUGGCAGAGCAGAGGCCUGGAGGUGUGGAGGCGACGGCUGGCAGCACUCGGGAGUCGGCGCCCCCGCCCCCGGUCCCUGAGCCCUUCGACAACAGCACCUACAGGAACCUGCAGCACCACGAGUACACGGUCUACACCUUCCUGGACGUCAACCUGCAGCUGGCCAAGCAGCGGCUGCCCCAGCCCUCCUCGGGCCGCGAGUCACCGCGCCACUGAGCGUCCGCGGGCACGAUGGGCCCCAAUAAAGCUGAGCUUUAACAUCCAGA